CCAUAGAUACUAAUAAUUUGACAGACUGUCAACUUCGUAAAAAUUCCAGAAAUUUGCGUUUAAAACUGAUAAAACACACGAAAAACAAUGGCGUGGUGUUCGAAAGAUUUGUUUCCAACAAAGAUGAGCUUUGUUUAUUUCAUUUCAUACAUGGGACUUUUCAUAAAUCAAGGUAUAUUGGUGACAGCAUCAAAAUCAAAGAACAAUACGUACAGUUACAAUACAGUUACAGUGGUUCUACUGACAGAGUGUGUGAAACUAGUUGCUGCCAUUUUAAUCUAUUUAAAAGAGAAACCAGCUUCUUCAUUUUUUACUGAGUUUACCAGUAACAAGGAAACAUUACUGUACUACUUUGUGCCAGCGGGACUGUACUGUCUGUAUAAUAACCUACAGUUUGAGAACUUGGCAAAUUAUGAUCCUACCACAUACUACUUACUGUUACAGUUCAGGGUUGUUGUUACAGGAGUUGUCUUUCAGAUAAUAUUUCAGAAGCAGUUGAGUCGUAUUCAAUGGGUUUCUCUUCUGUUUCUCACAUUUGGAUGUGUUGUGAAGGAGUAUGGUAGAGCUGCAGGGAGUAGUCCUGAUACAACUGCUGAGGUCAAAACAAGCUCAUUCCUUGAUGUACAUCUCCUGCUUAUCCUUGUGCAGGUGUUUUGUUCGUGUUUUGCUGGUGUCUACAAUGAGUAUCUACUGAAAGGGCGUGGCUUAGAUAUUCAUAUAAUGAUGCAGAAUGUCUUCAUGUACAUGGAUUCUAUUCUCUGUAACGGACUAAUCCUUGCAUACAAAGGGCAGCUAACUGAUGCAUUCACUGUGUCUAGUCUUUCGUCCAUCUUUCAAGUCAAUGUCAUAUUUAUAAUAUUAAAUAAUGCCGCCAUUGGCAUUGUUGUUAGUUUAUUUUUACGAUCUCUGAACUCUAUUCUCAAGACAUUUGCUAGUGCUUUAGAACUGAUGUUCACAGCUGUUUUAUGCUGGAUUAUAUUUGGUAUAGCAGUUGAUAUUUACACAGUUAUAGCUAUCUUCAUAGUGUCAGCAGCCACUUUUCUCUAUGCUCACAAUCCGGUAGUGAAUGUGCCUAAAAGUGAAGUUGUCCACCAAAAGGAGAAUGGUGCUUCAGACACAAAAACUGUGCAGUCUGUUUAACUUUUAAUCUACUAACUUUUGUGAUUUAUAGGCACUGACCUCCAGAUUUUGGCUAAAAAUGAUAUUUCUUUCAGAUGGAAGUUUGAUCAUAUUAUGAACAUUUGAAUAUUAGUUGUUGUUUCUAAACUAUCAUUAAAUUGCCACAUCAAGAAAAAAAAAGAUGCCAGCAUCAGGAAGCAAACCCAAGCCGCUGUUGCAGUUAAAAUUUUUCCUCUGUCUUUACAAUAUGCCAGUUCCACCACAUUGGACUAUGUGUUUAGUGUAUUAAAUAUAGAUCUGUGUAAUUUAAGGCAGUUUACCUCAGGUAAAGCAUUACAAACACUUUUCGAUAUUCAUAGUAAAUAUUAGUAAAGAACAACUAAUUCUCAUAUGUACCUAGUAUUAUAGUCUGUCAGUAAUUAAAUUUCUAAGUUUUCUUAAGAAAUAGGUUAAUUUCCUGGUAACUAAUUUUUAAAAAAAAUUGUUGUCCAAUGAUCUGCAGACCAGUGCCUUUAAUGACUGAACAAAUUUUAUUUAUUGUAUUGUUUGUUUGUUUUGGGUUUAACGCCGUUUUUCAACAGUAUUUCAGUCAUGUAACAGCGGGCAGUUAACCUAACCAGUGUUCCUGGAUUCUGUACCAGUACAAACCUGUUCUCCGCAAGUAACUGCCAACUUCCCCACAUGAAUCAGAGGUGGAGGACUAAUGAUUUCAGACACAAUGUCGUUUAUCAAAUAGUCAUGGAGAACAUAUGCCCUGCCCGAGGAUCGAACUCACGACCCCGCAAUCCGUAGACCAACGCUCUACCUACUGAGCUAAGCGGGCCAUUAGUGGUGGGAGCAUAUAGAUUUGGUCUUGUCCGUCCGUGUGUGCAUGAUAAGAACUUGUGCACCUACUAUUUUUCAUCUGGGUCAGCCUCAUAUUUCCAGAGUUAUGGCCCCUGAAAUAGUCAAAAAUGCACAUUUUCACCUUGUGACACGCCUAACUCAAAAAGUAUUAUAUAUAAAUUGAUUAAACCUUGCAGGAGUCUUGAUCAUGAUAUGAACUUGGGCACCUCCAAUCUUUUGUCUGCCUCAACCCUCUGAAAUAGUCAAAAUUGCACUUUUUCACCUCUUGACGCACCUAGCUCAAAAAGUAUAUGAUAUAAAUGGAUGAAAUCUUGUAUGAGUCUUUAUCAUGUUAUAAACUUGCACACCUCUUAUUUUUUGGCUGGCUCCACCCCCUAUUUUUAAAGUUAUGGCCCCUGAAAUAGUAAAAGAAUACACAUUUUCACCUAAUUAUGUGCCUAGCUUAAAAAGUGUUUAAUGUAAAUUCACGAAACCAUGUUUGAGUCUUUAUUGUGAUGUGACACUUGGCAUUCUUCUUGAGAAUCUUAGCUCUUAUUACAGAGUUAUUGUCCUUCAAAUAGCCAAAGUAGUGGAUUUUUUGUUUGUGAUGCUCAUAGCUGAAAAAGUAUAUGGCCUAGAAUAAUGAAUCCUUUUCAUACAAUGUUUGUUGAGGCAAUACCCUAUUAAGACUGCAAUUAGAAUUAUUUCCCCUUAAUUGUGACAAAUGUACCAGUGGGGACACACACUGUGUCCUACAGACAUAUUCUGGUUUCAGUUUAGUCCCAUCUUGUAUUAAUUUUCUCACAUUUCGUACUCUACAUUUAAACUUUCUGCUCCCAUUUUCCUUGGCAUUUUCAGAAUUUUCUAUACAAUGAAACUCUGCUCACUGGAUUAUCAGUUACUGGAGCACGCUGACUUAUUUGAGCAAUACCUUAUUGGUUCUCGGCUGUUUUUUUCCUUCUGGAUUACUCAAAACUGGAUAUUUCAGUUAUUUGCUUAUCAGCAUGCAGCUUUGAUCAACAGCUGUUUUGCCAUACUAGUAUUCAAACUUUUGUCACUAGUAUAAGUACCAAUUGCUUUUCAAGUAGAUGUUUGCAGAAAAAUAUGCUUGAAGUAAAUUAUAAAAUAUAUAAAUUAUAAAAAAAUAUUAAUGACUGUGUAACCCUUACCAUGCUGGACACAAUUAUUCUUAGCCUUUGUGACCAGUGUAGAUCAAGAUCAGUAUGCACAUCCAUGCAGUCUGAUUAUGGUCUGCACUGUUUGCCAUUCAGCCAGUAUAUUUUUGGUAAACACCCCUGUUAACAGUUAAUGGUACUGUCCAAAUUGAAAGAUGGACAAGUUCAUUAUAGAAAUCUAGUAGGAUAAGGGCUAAAGUAGUGAUUUCAUUUUUUAGCUCGACUAUUCGAAGAAUAAGUAGAGCUAUCCUACUCACCACGGCGUCGGCGUCACACAUUGGGUUAAGUUUUUCGUAACAGUCCACAUUUUGACAAAGUCUUUUGAGAUAAAGCUUUGAAACUUUCAACACUUGUUUACCAUCAUCAUGGCCAGUUAUAGACAAGAGCACAUAACUCCAUCAAGGAUUUUGGCUGAAUUAUGGCCCCUUUUGACUUAGAAAUCAUGGUUAAGUUUUUCGUACCAGUUCAUAUUUUGACAAAGUCUUUUGAGAUAAAGCUUUGAAACUUUCAACACUUGUUUACCAUCACCAUGUCCAGUUAUAGGCAAGAGCACAUAACUCCAUCAAGGAUUUUGGCUGAAUUAUGGCCCAUUUUGACUUAGAAAUCUGGGUUAAUAUUUCGUACCAGUCCACAUCUUGACAAAGUCUUUUGAGAUAAAGCUUUGAAACUUUUAACACUUGUUUACCAUCACCAUGUCCAGUUAUAGGCAAGAGCACAUAACUCCAUCAAGGAUUUUGACUGAAUUAUGGCCCCUUUUGACUUAGAAAUCAUGGUUAAGUUUUUCGUACCAGUUCAUAUUUUGACAAAGUCUUUAGAGAUAAAGCUUUGAAACUUUCAACACUUGGUUACCAUCACCAUGUCCAGUUAUAGGCAAGAGUACAUAACUCCAUCACGGAUUUUGGCUGAAUUAUGGCCCUUUUUGACUUAGAAAUCUGGGUUAAUAUUUCGUACCAGUUCAUAUUUUGACAAAGUCUUUUGAGAUAAAGCUUUGAAACUUUCAACAUCUGUUUACCAUCACCAUGUCCAGUUAUAGGCAAGAGUACAUAACUCCAUCAAGGAUUUUGGCUGAAUUAUGGCCCUUUUUGACUGAGAAAUCUUGGUUAAGUUUUUCGUACCAGUUCAUAUUUUUUGUAAAGUUUAGACAUAUGGCUUUGAAACUUUUAUCACUUGUUUAGUAUAAUAGUCUUUAUCUGUAGGAAAGAGAACAUAACUCUGUCAUCUAUUUUGGCUGAAUUAUGGCCCAUUUUUUGGUCCAUGUUUUGUCAAAACUAUUUGACAUAUGGCUUUUAGACUUUGAACACUUGUUUAUCAUUAUGAUUUCCAUCUGUAGGCAAGAGUACAUAACUAUUUUGACUGAAUUAUGGCCCUUUUUGGACUUUGAAAUUGGCUCAUAUAUUGCCAUUUAGUGCAAGACUUAUUGAAAUCAAAGUAAUACAGGAACAUUGUUUGUCUAAUCUAUUUAUUUCUUUUGUCUGAAUAUCCGUGGAAAUAUUUUGACACCAUUCUUCAAUCAAUUCUUCGAAUAGUCGAGCGCGCUGUCAUCAGACAGCUCUUGUUUUUUUUAGAUGAUAUCUCAAUGUGAGUGGAGACUGAAGAUUAUAGGGUAUUAGAAGCAUAAUGUAAAAUUACAUACUGGAAGGUUUUGUUUUAUAUUAAAACAUUUAGCAAUCCAACGGAUAUAUUUUCUCAUAAACUGAACAUUAUUUAAGAAAUAAUAAGUUCCCAAACAUGGUUUAUCGUAGAAUAACUCGAGUUUUGAGUUCUUAUGUGUAAGAAUAUAUCACGAAGGCCGUAGGCCUGAGUGAUAUAUUGUUUUGCGUAAGAACAUAAAACACAGGUCAUUCUACGAUAAAUCACACUAAUAGUCUUGGGAACUUAUUAUUUCGAUUCUAACACGACAUACUAGUAUCAACAGUGUUAGAAAAAAUGGUAACUACUUUUUAUGACCGUGCUAUGUAUCUAGAUCGGAUGAUGUCAUAGCACGCGAUUGGUUUAUUGCAGAAUAACCCGAAAUAGAUUUUUCUCUAUAUGUGGUUGUGUUAGAAUUCUAUAUAUAUGGAAUUGAAUAGGUGUUUUUUGGGGGGUGGGGGGGAAAUGAAAGAAUUUGUAUAAAAAAAUCUAGCAUGUUUAUAGAUGUAGUAACGGUUCUAAUACUUAAUUGUAUAGAAUGGGCUAGCACCAUUUCGACCACUGUUGAUAAAGUUAUAUAAAAUUUUACACGUGGAAUAUUCUUUAGAAAUUUACAUCAUCAGUUGAAUCAUCAUGAUUUCAUGCAAGCUUUUCAUGUCAUAUUAGUUUAAUCCAGUGGACACAAAAACUUACGCAAUUAACCUUUAGCCUGCUGGUGACAAGUGAUUGCCUUUGCGACCAGUGCCAACCAAGAUCAGCCUGCACGGAUUGUCUGCACUCACCGCUAUUCAGUCAAUAAAUUUUCAGUGAACUCCCCUUUGAAAAAUAAAUGGUUUUGCCUAAAUUGAACGAUGGACCAGUCCAUUUUAGAAAUUUAGCAGGCUACGGGUUAGCUUAAAUGACUGUGAAGUUCCUAGUGGUAGUAUAUGGCUUUGUGUGUGUUGAUUCUAUGCAUUUGGCACAUUAAUCAAACUGCCUUUUCUCAAACAGCAAAGCUAAGUUAGCUGAACACGUGCCAUUGAACAUGUUUAUCAAUAGUCAUAAAAAGAACGCUAUAUAAAUGUGGUAUUAUGUAUAGUAAUAGUGUAUGUAAUCUGCAUAUAUAUUUUUUUUAUUUCAAUCUGUAAACGCUUAGUGUGGUAUAUAUUUCCUUGAACAAAGCCUUUUGUUUACCAGAUUUGUGAUACUUGAUCACAAUAAAGUGUACUUGAGCAUAACAGCAGUGUGUAACAUUUGUUUUUAAUUUAUUUUUGUUUUACAAAAUUUUAUUAGUAAUCAAACAGACAAUGCAGCCUAUGUUUUCUAUCUUUUCCUGAUAGCUCUACUUUCCCAGAUAUUCUUUUGUUAUCUAAAUAGCUUAAGAAAUCCAUCUUAUUACCUGAUACAGAAAGUGCAAUACUGCUGCUUGCCAAUUGAAUUUUAUUACCCCUUAUCAUGCUUGGCACAAUUGAUUCUGCCUUUGCAACCAGUGUAGAUCAUGAUCAGCCUGCACAUCCGUGCUGUCCAAUCAUGAUCUGCAAUGUUCGCCAUUCAGUCAGUACAUUUUUGAUAAGCACCCAUUUUAAUAGUUAAUGGUAAUGUCCAAACUGAAAGAUGGGCAAGUUCAUUAUAGAAAUUUAGCAGGGUAAGGGUUAGUAUACCGUAUCUUACAAAAAUCUACAAUGUAUACUAGUAAUGAACAGAAUUGUUACAAUAUUUACAUUAUGUACCAUUUUUACUUAAAGUAUAUUACUUUGUAAUAUUUAAAUAACAAGUAAAAAUCCCUCCAAGUGUGAAAAAAUAUUGAUUCUUCUGUAACAUUUUCUAGAUACAAUAUACUUGUGUAAUUUCCUUAGUUCUGCAUUAGGUAACAUAUAAAAGUGCUCUAAAAAUAACUUUUAGGACAUGUAUUCCAGCCAGAUUUUUUUCAGUACUUCUCAAAACAAAAAAGUGCUCUGCUUUUAUCUGUCAGUUUUUUCACGUGCAUUUUACUCUGAACCCGUUCACUUAAUGCUAGGGAAAGCACAGAUCUACCGGUACACAUUGCAGGGUUGUGAGUUCAAUCCCUGGUUAGGUCUAUGUUCUCUGUGACAAUAUGAUUAAAAGUAUUGUAUUGUGUUUGAAAUCAUUCUUCCUCCAUCUUCAAUUUAUGUGUAGAAGUUGGCAGAACAUUGAAUGAUCUCAGAUAAACACUUUACCAUAUAAACAUGGUCCUAGUUUUUAUAUUUCCAAACUUUUAAAAAAGUUAUUGAAACUGGGUUGAUGAAAAUAUGAAAAUAUUUGUAAUGUUUUCUUUUUUCCUGUGUUUAUCAGCUCACCUUGAGCAAGAAGUGCUCAAGAUGAGCUUUUGUGAUCGCCCUGUGUCAGUCAUCCGUCAUUCGUCAACAGUUUGGCUGUUAACACUCUAGAGGUCACAAUUUUGGCCCAAUCUUAAUGACACUUGGUCCGAAUGUUACCAUCAAUAAAAUCUUGGAUGAGUUCAAUAUUGGGUCAUUGGGGUCAAAAACUAGGUCACCAGGUCAAAUCUAAGGAAAAGCUUGUUAACAUUCUAGAGGCCACAUUUAUGAUUUUAUCUUCAUGAAUCUUUGCCAGAAUGUUAAUCUUGAUGAUCUUUAGGUCAAGUUCAAAUCUUGGUCAUGUGGGGUCAAGAACUAGUUCACCAGGUUAAAUCAAAGAAAAAGCUUGUUAACACCAUAGAGGCCUCAUUUGUGACUGUAUCUUCAUGAAACUUGGUCAGAAUGUUAACCUUGAUGAUCUUUAGGUCAAGUUCGAAUCUGGGUCAUGUGGGGUCAAAAACUAGGUCACCAGGUCAAAUCAAAGGAAAAGCUUGUUAACACCAUAGAGGUCUCAUUUAUGACUGUAUCUUCAUGAAACUUAUUCAGAAUGUUAACCUUGAUGAUCUUUAGGUCAAGUUCAGAUCUGAGUCAUAGCGGAUCAAAAACUAGGUCACCAGGUCAAAUCAGAGGAAAAGCUUGUUAACACUCUAGAGGCCACAUUUGUGACCAUAUCUUAUUGGUUAGAAUGUUAAUCUUGAGAAUUUUUAGGUCAAGUUUAAAUCUGAUUCAGGUGGGGUCAAAAACUAGGUCACCGGGUCAAAUCAAAAGAAAAGCUAGUUAACACACUAUAAGCCAUAUUUAUGACUUAUCUUAAUGAAACUUGGUCAGAAUGUUAAUGUUGAUGAUCUUUAGGUUAUGUUCAAAUAUGGGUCAGAUGGGGUCGAAAACAACGUCACCAGGUCAGAACAAAGGAAAAGCUUGUUAACACUCUAGAGGCCAUAUUUAUGACUGUAUCUUCAUGAAACUUGAUCAGAAUGUUAACCUUGAUGAUCUUUAGGUCAGGCUGGAAUCUGGGUCAUGUGGGGUCAAAAACAAGGCAAAUCAGAGGAAAAGCUAGUUAACACUCUAGAGGCCAUAUUUAUGACCAUAUCUUAAUGAAACUUGAUCAGAAUGUUAAUCUUGAAGAUCUUUAGGUCAAGUUUGAAUCUGGGUCAGUUGGGGUCAUAAACUAGGUCACCAGGUCAAAUCAAAGGUAAAGCUUGUUAACACUCUAGAGACCUAAUUUUAAGUUUGAAACUCAUGGGAAUGACAGAAUGUUUGUCUUGAUGACUUCUAGGUCAGGUUUGAAUCUGGGUCAUGUGGGGUAAAAAACUAGGUCACCAGGCCAAAUCAAAAGUUAAGCUUGUUAACAAUCUAGAUGUCAAAUUUCUGACUGUCUUCAUGAAACUUGGUCAGAAUGUAAAUCUUGAUGAUCUUUAGGCCAAGUUGGAAUCAGAGUCAUAUGGGGUCAAAAAUUAGGUCACAAGGUCAAGUCAAAGGGAAAGCUAGUGAACACUCUAGAGACCUUAUUUAUGACCAUAUCUUCAUGAAACUUGGUCAGAAUGUUAAUCUUAAUGAUCAUAAGGUAAAGUUCUAAUCUGGGUCAGGUGGGGUCAAAAACUAGGUCACCAGGCCAAAUCAAAAGUAAAGCUUGUUAACAAUCUAGAAGCCACAUUUAUGACUAUCUGUAUGAAAUUUGGUGAGAAUGUUAAUCUUGAUGAUCUUUAGAUAAAGUUCGAUUCUGGGUCAUGUGGGGUCAAAAUCUAGGUCACUAGGUCAGAUUUAAGGAAAAACUAGUUAUCACUAUAGAGGCCACAUUUUUAUGCCCCCAAAGGGAGGCAUAUAGUUUUUGAACCGUCUGUCUGUCUGUCGGUCUGUCAGUCUGUCGGUCCGUCCGCAAUUUUCGUGUCCGGUCCAUAUCUUUGUCAUCGAUGGAUGGAUUUUCAAAUUACUAGACAUGAAUGUGUACCACAGUAAGACGACGUGCAGUGCGCAAGACCCAGGUCUGUAGCUCAAAGGUCAAGGUCACACUUAGACGUUAAAGGAUAGUGCACUGAUGGGCGUGUCCGGUCCAUAUCUUUGUCAUCGAUGGAUGGAUUUUCAAAUAACUUGGCAUGAAUGUGUACCACAGUAAGACGACGUGCAGUGCGCAAGACCCAGGUGCGUAGCUCAAAGGUCAAGGUCACACUUAGACGUUAAAGGAUAGUGCAUUGAUGGGUGUGUCCGGUCCAUAUCUUUGUCAUCGAUGGAUGGAUUUUCAAAUAACUUGGCAUGAAUGUGUACCACAGUAAGACGACGUGUCACACGCAAGACCCAGGUCCGUAGCUCAAAGGUCAAGGUCACACUUAGACGUUAAAGAUCAUUUUUCAUGAUAGUGCAUUGAUGGGCAUGUCCGGUCCAUAUCUUUGUCAUUCAUGCAUGGAUUUUAAAAUAACUAUGCAUGAAUGUGUGACACAGUAAGACGAUGUGUCGCGCGCAAGACCCAGCUCCGUAGGUCAAAGGUCCUAAACUCUUAACAUCAGCCAUAACUAUUCAUUCAAAGUGCCAUCGGGGGCAUGUGUCAUCCUACGGAGACAGCUCUUGUUGACCAUAUCUUAAUGAAACUUGGUCAGAAUGUUAAUCUUGAUGAUCUUUAGGUCAAUAGGCCAGGUGAGCGAUACAGGGCCUUCAUGGCCCUCUUGUUUUGUAGUUUCAUACUAAAUAUUGUGUGUUAAGAAUUUAUAAUUUUACUGUUCAAUUUAGAUAAUGUAUGCCUUAUACAUAUUUAUGCCACCUUAAAAGGAGAUGGGAUAUAUUACUUAGCGCACGGUCAGUUGUUUUACAAACAGCUCUUGUUAAUAAUGAAUACAUGAACGCAGAGUUCUAAAAAUGUAGUGUUAAUUAUCAUGAUACAAAAAGCUUAAGGAUGUUUCUCAUUGUGAGGUGGCUCUGUUGCCCAGAGGUUAAAGUCACUGGCUUUGAAUCACUUGCACCUCAAUACAUUUGGUUCAACACCUUGCUUGUGUAGGUUUUUUCAUGUGUAGAAGCCUGGAAGGUCGGCGCUUCUACUGAUGUGCUUGCUUGUGAUGAUACAAUGCUCUUAGUUGCACCUGUGGUCUUUCGUAAAAUCAGAAGUUGUCAUAUGACCUAUAAUUAUGUCAGUGUGGCAUUAAACCCAACAAAAAGAAACAUUUUAUUAAUUGCUGAUUUCUGAAAUGUAUGUGUAUGGGUGUUCGGGUUUAACGUCUUUUUCAACAAUUUUCUGAAAUGUAUCUAUAUAACAAAUGUAUGAUCUACUGUUUUAUAAACUUAUUACUCUGCCUUCUGACAAUCUGUUAAUUUCCCCUUGGCAAGAACUUCUCUAUGUCGAUUUUCUCAAAAGACACUGUAAAUGGUUCGUCCUCCGCCCCUGAUUCAUAAUGGGAAAUUUGUCCUUUGCUAGUCGAGAACGAUUGAAAAUGGGAACACUGGUUAAGGAUACCUAACCAAGAAACAAAACAUUAAUACUUAAAAAAAAAAAAAAAAAAAAAAAAAAAAAAUAUCAAACAUAUCUACACAGGCUGAAUUGCUGAAUAUGUUCUCACUGGUUUGACAGACAGAAUCAAUGAGCGUAUUUCCAAUGUAAUCAUGUUGUGUUAACAUUUACCCUGCUAUAUUUAAAAAAUGAACUAUUCUAUGAUUCAAUUUGGGCAGUACUAUUUAUUAUUCAAAGGGGUGUUCACUGAAAAUUUACUGACUGAAUAGCAGACAGUGCAGACCAAGAUCAGUAUGAUCAUGGUCUGCACUGGUUGCAAAGGCAGAAUAACUUUCCGCCAGCAGGCUAAAGGUUAACAAGUGAAAAUGACAUUAUAUCAAAACUGACUGUAUAACUGUUACUGUAUUAGUUUGAUAGAUUUGUUGUUUUUGUUGAACGAAGUUAUUGUAUGUAUGAGUGAGAAUUAACAUUAUAAACUUAAGAGGUUGCUAACAGUAUUUUAUGUUUUUAAUAUUUAUGUCUCCCACCACACAGUGGUGUGGGAGACAUAUUGAUUUACUCAAGUCUGUGUGUGUGUGUGUGUCUGUCUGUCUGUCACAAAGUUUGUCCGCACUCUAAGUCGAACAUUUCUCAUCCGAUUUUCACCAAACUUAAACAAAAUGUGUUUGACCAUAAGACCUCGGCCAGAAUCGAUAACUAGCCAAAUCGGUCUAGGCGUCUUGGAGUUAUGGCCCUUGAAUUACCAAAAAUCGGCCUUUUUAUUCUUGUCCGCACUCUAAUUCGAAGAUUUCUCAUCCAAUCUUCACCAAACUUGAACAAAAUGUGUUUGACCAUGAGGCCUCGGCCAAGUUUGAUAACUAGCCAAAUCGGUCCAGGCAUUUUGGAGUUACGGCCCUUGAAUUAUCGAAAAAUUGGCCUUUUUACUCUUGUCCACACUCUAAGUCGAACAUUUCUCAUUCGAUCUUCACCAAACUUGAACAAAAUGUGUUUGAUCAUGAGACUUCGGCCAGGUUCAAUAACUAGCCAAAUCGGUCCAGGCAUUUUGGAGUUACGGCCCUUGAAUUACCGAAAAAUCCGCCUUUUUACUCUUGUCUGCUCUUUAAGUCAAACAUUUCUCACCCGAUCUUCACCAAACUUGAACAAAAUGUGUUUGGCCAUAAGACCUUAGCCAAGUACGAUAACUAGCCAGAUCCGCUCAGGCAUUUUUGAUUUAUGGCCCUUGAAUUACUGAUUGGAUCCACUCAUCCAGACCAUCUAAUUGGAUCCACUCGUCUAAACCAUCUAGAGAAACUAGACAUUUUUCAUAGGGGCAGUGGUGGGAGACAUGCGCUUUUCUCAAAAGCAUCUCUAGUUUCAAGCUAGUUUUAGGUUAUAGUGUGCAUACUUUAACAAUAUCAUAGAAUACAGACACUGUAUAUAUUCUUCUUACAUUGAUUGUUGCCAUGUUUUUAUUUUGUUUCCAAAGAUGGAUGUGUUACUGACUUUUAUUUAGUUUGACUAAGGGACAUUUCCUUCUUUAUAUAAUAUUAGAUAUAAGUGUUGGUAAUAUUUAUUUGAUAAUGGCAUAUUUUAUGUACAUACUUCUUAAUAAAAUGAAUGGAAGCUAU